UUAUCGUAUUAUAUAUAUAAUAAUUACAAUGAAGAGGUACACUUGGCAAAAAUGCUAAGUGAAUAUACUAAUAUAAACAAAGCGUAUGACGAUCUGCAGUCGCGGAUAGGUGGUCAUCAUUAAUUUAAACUAAAAUCUAUUACUUACUUCUGUACCGGGUGGAUCUGUUACUUAAGUGUAAUCGUACCGUAAACAUCAUUUUGUACACUGCAUUACCAUUUUAACAUUUUAAGUGUUUUGAAAGAAUUCAUCAACACUGCAAAUGUAUUGAAAUAGUGUCAAGUUAUUUAAUUUGUUUUGAUUGGAACAAUAUACAAACGUAUUGUAAUUUAGUGUUAAAAGUUUCGAAAUGCAUUACGAAGAGCUGGAAGCAUUAGAUCCGCGUAACCCCACUUAUACCACACGAAUUGAGACACCACCGCCACACAAAGUUGCGGUUUUAAUUUUGGUCCAACAGUACUUGAAAGUUAAAAAUGCCGCCACUGAUGCCGGUGUCGCUUAUCCUUUGCAGGCACGAAGGAAUUUCUGCAUGCUACUAUUAAAAUUGAUACAAUAUCCAGAUAUGACAUACAAUGAUUUGUAUCAUUUGCUCACAUCUCCACGUUAUAAAAUCAAUGCACUACAUUUGGAAAGUUUUGAAAAGGCCAUGUGCAAUAUUUUUACUCUUGGUAUUGAAACACUAUGUGAUUUUGCUGAGCGUCAGAAUUGGGAUAAUCUUUUAUCUGAGGAAUUAGGUGUCAGUCAAUUCAGUAUUGUUGGGCUAUACAUACGACGUGUAUGCGUUAUACUGGAGCGUAUGACAUUUCCCGAAAUUAUGGCUCUAUAUAAGAAUAUUUGUUUAUACUAUGAAAAAGGAGUACGCACGCUGGCUAUUGGUCCACGCAGAGUUGGUGGCGCUAUGACUAGUGUGCAGGAUAAUUUGUUUCCUCGUGCUGUUGGUCGUGGGUCUGAUGAGCCUUGUAACACAUUAGAAGAAUCUGCGCUAGAUACCGAAACUGUACAUCAGGAUCGAAAUCCUCAUAGUAAAUGGUCACCAAAACAAGCAGACCUUUUUGUUGCACAACAAUGUAAAUUGUUAGAAAAUAAUGAACUUCGUGCUUUGCCACCAAUCGAUCUGCAAACGAAAAUAAAUGAAAUCAUACAGGAUAAUCCGCUAAAUUCGCAAGCUUAUUUUCUAGGUUAUAUGAAUCAAUUAAGACUACGCGACUUCUAUGGCGCAAUGGAUGCUCUGCACAGAGCUUUUGAUCGUAGUCCAAUGCAGACAGCCACACAAUAUGAACAAAAGGGUUUCCAGUACUUCAGCGUGAACUUAGCUGUGCUCCAUGCAUGUUUCGAUCACCGCCGUGAAGCAUUAAAUGCACUCAAGGAAUGUAUAAUGCUAGCACAGGAAUGUGGCGAUAAACGUUGCCUAGAUUUAGCUAAUUCUUGGUAUUGUCUACUGAACAGCAACAAAAUAGAUCCUUUUGAAAAAAGUCUGCCAGAUAUUCAGGAUCCCGGUCUAGUGCAGUCACUGUCAUUGGCUAUCCAAUAUGUAGUAAAAUUUGGAGCACAGUGUGGUUAUUUACCGCUCGAUCUUUUUGAAUUGUUACUGAAGAGCGAUGAACUCAAUAAUAAGAAUUCAAUACUAGAACAUGCUUCCGAUUCUUUGGCAUUAAGAUCUGCGCUUUGGUGUCUUUAUGGACGUCAUGAAAUCUCUUCGCUUUAUGCACAAUUACUGCUACAACUGAAAAAAACCUGGGCAUUCGGUGAUAUUGGUAAUUCCGAGAGUGUUAGUAAAGUACUCGCCAGUCUCUCAUUGUGGUUGAACGUGCAAGGGGAACAUCAAAUGAGUGCAGUCGUACAGAGUCAUGCACGCAGUCGUUUUCCACGUUAUCCAAACGCCAAAAAUUGGAUGAUCAGCGAAUAUCAUAUUAUCAUUCAGCAAUGUAUAUAUCGGUGCCGUUGGCAGGAAGCGCUUAAAGCAUGUAGUCAGUUGUAUUUAUUGGAUAAAAAUAUGGGAAAUCUUCAACGUGCAGCUGUAUAUAUUGCGAAGGGAUAUUUCAACACAGCACGACGUAUUAUUGGUAAAUUGCUGCACAGUGCGAACUUGGAUGUUUUGACUCAGGUGCGUGUUUUGGUGCUACAAGCACACACGACAAUUGGCGAAGAUAACGUAUCAUCCGAAACGGCCGAAUUUCUUAUACGCGCUUCUGUAUUGGCAACAUCUGCAUAUAUGGAAUAUGAACAAGCUGUUAUAGACAUGGUAUUAGCACAAGUGCUGCUAAAAAUGAAAAUGCCACAAAAGGCAUUUCAAGCAGCUAAAAAUUGUAUGGAAAAAAUUCAUGAGAAUGGUGGUAUUUACGAUCGCGCAAAAAUGGAUUUUAUAUUCGUCUGCUGUAUGGUGGCAGCCAGCGAAAGUGAUGAGCGCAAAAAAGUGAAUUUACAAAAAGGAAUUUCCAUUUUGGAGCGCGCUGUGGAAUGUUUUAAAAAACUGGAAGCUCAUGCUAAAGUUUUGGACAUUUUUGUUUACAUUGCAAAAACAUAUCAUGAACUGAAUCAAUUAGCUGAGCGAAACAAAUAUGCCUGCAAAUUCAAACACUAUUAUUCAGAGUACCCCAUCGCAAGGGAAUACCUUGGAAUGGCUUUUUAGUUACGGACAAUAGUUAUAUUUAGUGCAUAGCUAUUUAUUAUAGAAAUUAACGUUUUACAAGCGCAAUUCAAAUUCGGUAUAUUUGAAAUAUGAACCAUUACAUUGAUUGUGAAUUAAAAGUGACUUUAUUGAAGAAAAAAAGGAAAUUUAAGUAAAAAUUUCAUUCGUGGUAUCGAGUUCGGAAUUCCGAAUUCAUGUAAUUUUAUGCGAAAGCCUUCUAAGCUUACUUUGUAAAAAUACAAGCGUAUUUUUUUGGAUUAAAUUUAGAUUUUAAAUAAUAUACAGACGCAGAUAAUUACUAUA